AUGGGCAAGGAGGAUAAGACCCACAUUAACAUCGUCGUCAUCGGCCACGUCGACUCUGGCAAGUCGACGACGACUGGCCACCUCAUCUACAAGUGCGGUGGUAUCGACAAGCGUACCAUUGAGAAGUUCGAGAAGGAAGCCGCUGAGCUCGGCAAGGGUUCCUUCAAGUAUGCCUGGGUUCUUGACAAGCUCAAGGCUGAGCGUGAGCGUGGUAUCACCAUUGAUAUCGCCCUCUGGAAGUUCGAGACCCCUAAGUACUAUGUCACUGUCAUCGAUGCCCCUGGCCAUCGUGACUUCAUCAAGAACAUGAUCACUGGUACCUCCCAGGCUGACUGCGCCAUUCUCAUCAUUGCCUCUGGCACUGGUGAGUUCGAGGCUGGUAUCUCCAAGGAUGGCCAGACCCGUGAGCACGCUCUGCUCGCCUACACCCUGGGUGUCAAGCAGCUCAUUGUCGCCCUCAACAAGAUGGACACCUGCAACUGGUCUGAGGCCCGUUACAACGAGAUCGUCAAGGAGACCUCCAACUUCAUCAAGAAGGUCGGCUACAACCCCAAGACCGUCCCCUUCGUCCCCAUCUCGGGCUUCCAUGGCGACAACAUGCUCGAGCCCACCAAUAACGCUCCUUGGUACAAGGGCUGGGAGAAGGAGACCAAGGAUGGCGUCGUCAAGGGCAAGACCCUCCUCGAGGCCAUUGACGCCAUUGAGCCUCCUAAGCGUCCCACCGACAAGCCCCUCCGUCUUCCCCUCCAGGACGUCUACAAGAUUGGUGGUAUCGGCACUGUUCCCGUCGGCCGUAUUGAGACCGGUGUCCUCAAGCCCGGCAUGGUCGUCACCUUCGCUCCUUCCAACGUCACCACUGAAGUCAAGUCCGUCGAAAUGCACCACGAGCAGCUUGCCGAGGGUCUUCCUGGCGACAACGUCGGCUUCAACGUGAAGAACGUCUCCGUCAAGGAUAUCCGCCGUGGCAACGUCUGCGGUGAUGCCAAGAACGAUCCUCCGGCUGGUGCCGCUUCCUUCGAGUCUCAGGUCAUCAUCCUGAACCAUCCUGGCCAGGUCGGCGCUGGCUACGCCCCUGUCCUUGACUGCCACACCGCCCACAUUGCUUGCAAGUUCGCCGAGCUCAUCCAGAAGAUCGACCGCCGUACCGGCAAGGCUGUUGAGGACAACCCGAAGUUCCUCAAGUCUGGUGAUGCCGCCAUCGUCAAGAUGGUCCCCACCAAGCCCAUGUGCGUUGAGGCUUUCACUGAGUAUCCUCCUCUCGGCCGUUUCGCCGUCCGUGACAUGCGCCAGACCGUCGCCGUCGGCGUCAUCAAGAAGGUCGAGAAGCAGACUGGUGGCCCUGCCAAGGUCACCAAGGCCGCCCAGAAGGCUGCCAAGAAAUAA